UCUCUCUCUCUCUCUCAUCUUUUACAUGGCAUCUCAAGCCAGCCUCCUCCUUCAAAAACAGCUCAAAGAUCUUUGUAAGAAUCCGGUUGAUGGGUUCUCGGCUGGAUUGGUCGAUGAGAACAAUAUCUUUGAAUGGAGUGUAACAAUUAUUGGACCUCCUGAUACUCUUUAUGAAGGGGGAUUUUUCAAUGCUAUCAUGAGUUUUCCACCAAAUUAUCCAAACAGCCCUCCAACAGUCAAAUUUACAUCAGAGAUUUGGCAUCCUAAUGUUUAUCCUGAUGGGCGUGUUUGCAUAUCAAUUCUUCAUCCUCCGGGUGAUGAUCCAAAUGGCUAUGAGCUUGCAAGUGAGCGCUGGAUGCCAGUCCAUACAGUUGAAAGUAUUGUUUUGAGUAUCAUAUCAAUGCUUUCCAGCCCUAACGAUGAAUCCCCUGCGAAUGUUGAAGCUGCAAAAGAAUGGAGAGAGACAAGAGAUGAAUUCAAGAGGAAGGUUAGCCGCUGCGUGAGACGGUCCCAAGAAAUGUUAUGAUCCAUUGCCGCAGCUUCUUCUCGACAAUAUUUGAGUACCCAGGGAAUGCCUUCAAUUGAUUCUGUGGGGAGCUUUGGUCGAUAACACUGCAAGUGUCCUUGUAGAAUGCCAUAUGAAAAAAUCUCAACACUUUACUUAAAAACUCUCCCUUUUUUUGUUUUGGUUUUGACUGGAGUAAUGUAAUUACUCUGAAAACAGUUUCCCGGUAUUCAAAAGCGUUUUUUGGUAAGUGUUUGUUGGCAAACGUUCUUGUUGAGUCCCGCUUUUUUAUCAUGAAAUGGUCAUUUGUCAGGUGUCUCUUCCUUGGGUGGACAAUUUGUCUGGUCUUUGAUGCUUUCAUUGAUCUUAUUACUACCUUUUUAGAUCAAUAAACUCCACCAUUGUAUUUUAAUUUCUCUUCAAGCUUGAGUUGGAUGUGUACUUCCAACCAUUGUUCUUA